GAAGAAUGAGGGAAUGACAGACUUGAGAUAAUGCAGUCAGCAAGACUUUGUAAUAGAGCUGUGGUCAGGAGAGCGAGAGAGAGAGAGAGCGAUGCUCUUCUUAAACCUUAAAAUUUUAAUUUUGAGGAGUGUAUAUAAAAGCAUUGUUUCCCAUUUCCUGGAUGGUACAAGGUCAUAGUAUUUUUUGCUUCAUUCUAGUAAAAGUGAGGUUGUAUUGCAGUCUUUCGGAUUGGGUGGAGAUCAAACAGUGAUGGCCUCGGAGUCGGAGAGGAGUAAACGGCUUUUGCAAGAUGUCUUAGCCAGACCUGGAAACGAUGUGUGUGCUGACUGCGGCAAUGCAGAGCCAGACUGGGCAUCGGUGACUCUGGGAGUGUUUGUGUGCCAGGCUUGUUCCCUACUACAUCGAGGCAUCCCCCACAUCAGCAGAGUCAAGUCUGUGCAGCAGGAAACAUGGGAAGCUUCGGAGGUGGAGCUAAUGGCUGCCGUGGGUAACGAAGCCGCUAAGGCCAAAUACGAACAGAAGGUUCCGGCGUUCUACUACAGACCGAAACACACAGACUGCAAGCUGCUGCGAGAGCAAUGGAUCAGAGCCAGGUACGAGAGGAACGAGUUUGAGUUUAUUGAGAAACAGGAGCCUUACUCUGCAGGGUACAGAGAGGGGUUUCUAUGGAAACGGGGACGAGACAACGGUCAGUUCCUUAGCCGGAAAUUCAUCCUCUCAGAACGAGAGGGGGCACUGAAGUACUUCAACAAGCAGGACUUUGUGUAUCUGCCACAGGCGCGGGAUCCCAAGGCGGUGAUGAAGAUCGAGACUCUUAACGCCACGUUCCAGCCGGCUAAGAUAGGCAACCCCUACGGCCUGCAGAUCACCUACCUGAGAGAUAACAGCACCAGGAACAUCUUUGUCUACCACAGCGACUCUAAGGAAAUGGUUGACUGGUUCAAUGCCAUCAGAGCGGCCAGGUUCCAUUACCUUCAGGUGGCCUUCCCAGGGGCCAGUGACGAGGAGCUCGUGCCCAAACUGACGCGUAGCUUCAUGAAGGAGGGCUUCAUGGAGAAGACGGGCCCAAAGCACACAGAGGGCUUCAAGAAGAGGUGGUUCACCAUGGACGACAGGAGGCUCAUGUACUUCAAAGAUCCUCUGGAUGCCUAUGCCAGGGGGGAGGUGUUCAUUGGCAGUAAGGAGAACAGCUACACGGUGCUCCCGGGCCUUCCUCCCUCCACCCAGGGCCAACACUGGAACCACGGCAUCACCAUAGUUACGCCAGACAGGAAGUUCCUGUUCGCAUGCGAAACGGAGGCGGAGCAGAAGGACUGGAUUGCCGCCUUCCAGAGGGUUAUCAACCGGCCAAUGAGACCACAGGAGUACGCAGUGGAGGCCCACUUUAAACACAAGCCCUGAGACUGGACGCCGAACUGUAUGCUACUGGACAAUUCAAGUCCCACUAAGAACAAAACGGACAGUUUUUUUUCUCCAGAGACCCCCGGAAAUAACACAAGUCCGUGGGCUCUACUGUACCUGGACAGAGGCAACAAGAUGAGAGAGAUUGAAUAAAUCGGAGGAGAGAUGGAUUACAGAAGAAUUGAAUUCUUCUGACCUGAUGUCCAGACCUGGGGUCAGAGAUCAUGGGGUCUGAGGGGAGAGAAAAGCAUGCAGAAAAAUCAAAACCCCUACUGCUGUUCUCCACGUACGGUAGACUCUUCCACAACUCACCCCUGCUCUUAGUGUUGUGAGUGGUUCAUCCCAUGGUGUAUGCUAAUGAGUAAUGUUCACUGUGUUAGUUGAGACCAGUGUUGUCAUUCAUUGAUUGGACAGUUUUGAUUGUUCUGCAUAAUCUGCAUUCACUUAAAUUUCAAGAUGCUGACCAGACCUGUGCUUCUGGACAGAGUUAAACGCACAUCUUGUGGCUGUUAUUUAUUUUGAAAUAUAAAUGGUACUGUACAUAUUUUGAAUCUCAGUGAAUGCUGCUUCAUGCAACAGGAUUGUAAUUUAUUUAAUAUUGAUAUGAUGCCGUACAUGUUUGAUAUCCUUCAAGUGAUUAAAUGAAUGUGUUUACCAUGAAAAACACUAGAGGGCACUCUAGGCCACUAAUGCAUCACCAAUAAUGUGCAUCUUAAUUCUGCGGCUGUAAUAAACUUGACAGGGAUCCAAGCUGAGAACAAUC